GUUAAGCAUUGUUCACAACUCGUAUAUGAGACAAUGACAAGCGUGACGUAUUUUUAAUUACGUUUUUCUACUGCACCAGCAGUCGUUUCUACUAAACAAUAUACAUUUUGUGUUGCAGACCCAGUCGAAUGGUCAGCUAAAAAGAUGAUAAAUUCUAUAUUUCUAAUAACAAACUGAUGCAACAAUUAUUAGUGAACGUAAUGAGAAAUAUAUGAUAAUUAUGUUGUGCGAACUAUGCAAGCAGUGGAUUUAUAAACUGAAAGUUAAGAAGUAAUCUUAAAAGAAAAUACAUGCAUUGUAUUUGUUAAGAGAAUUAUUGUUCCAGUGAUCAAUGUAGAUUGUCACUAUGUUUUAACAUCCGUAUUGACACUACAAAUGAAAAAUAUCUACAGUGAAUAGUUUGGCAGUGACGAAUCAUAAAAAAUGUCCUAUAUUACUGCACCACCGAAGUAGAGCUAUGAACCUAACAAUAUAGGUACAUAUUUGAGUAUAAUUUUCAAAGCAGAUCAGCUCGAUGUAAUGGAGAAAUUUCCACUGAAGGGUACAUCAUCAACAUCAUUCAGCAAUAACGCACUAGCCACCUAUCACUCGGUCGAUGCCCAGAAUGGUAAUGGAGUGAAAAAUGGUAACUCGGAUAAUGCACGUUUGAGAAGUGGAGCAACAAGUCGAGUCGGAAGUCAAAGUAGCGAUGAAGAUAUGCUCGUGGCAAAUCAACAAUCAGUUUCUCACAAAUCAGGAAAUAAUGCUUAUCUAGAGCGAAGUCUUCGUCUUGACGAUGCUUCGUCGCAUUUUUCAGCCGAUUCGGAUGACAUUCCUGGGAUCGGUCAGUAUGACGAUUUUCAUACAAUUGAUUGGCAAAGAGAUAUUGCGAGAGAUCGGAUGCGACAUCGGUACAUCUUGAAGAAGAAACAUGACUCUAUUUGGGAUUUAAUUAAGGGGGCCCAUGAUGCCUGGUCUGGAUGGCUGUGUGUCUUGUUUGUCGGUCUUUUCACCGGAGUGGCAGCUGGUGUUAUAGACAUUGGCGCUUCAUGGAUGACAGAUUUAAAAUUUGGAAUAUGUCCCGAAGCCUUUUGGCUCAAUAAGGAGCAAUGUUGUUGGAGUUACAAUGAAACAAAUUUCGAUGGAGAAAAUUGCUCACAGUGGUUAACAUGGCCUGAAGUUUUCAAGCAAUCUAAAGAAGGAACUGGUUCAGACUUUAUUUCAUAUUUGUUUUAUGUAGCAUGGGCUCUUUUGUUUGCGUCAUUAUCUGCCUCGUUAGUGAGAAUGUUCGCCCCGUAUGCUUGUGGUUCUGGUAUACCGGAGAUAAAAACUAUUUUAAGUGGUUUCAUAAUACGAGGAUAUUUAGGGAAAUGGACUCUUAUUAUAAAAUCUGUUGGUCUUAUUCUGUCCGUGUCAGCAGGUUUAAACUUGGGAAAAGAAGGUCCGAUGGUUCACAUAGCCUGUUGCAUAGGCAAUAUUUUUUCAUAUUUAUUCCCCAAGUACGGAAGAAAUGAAGCGAAGAAGAGGGAAAUUUUAUCGGCUGCUGCAGCUGCUGGUGUUUCUGUAGCUUUUGGAGCUCCGAUUGGAGGUGUAUUGUUUAGCUUGGAGGAGGUCAGUUAUUAUUUUCCUUUAAAAACACUGUGGCGCUCAUUUUUUUGUGCGUUAAUUGCUGCUUUCGUGUUACGAUCAAUUAAUCCUUUUGGAAACGAGCACUCUGUUUUAUUUUAUGUCGAGUACAAUAAACCUUGGAUAUUCUUUGAAUUAAUUCCCUUUGUGAUGCUUGGAAUUAUUGGAGGAGUCAUUGGUUCGCUAUUUAUUAGAGCAAACCUUUAUUGGUGUCGCUAUCGCAAAACCUCAAAGCUUGGUCAAUAUCCAGUCACUGAAGUACUGGCUGUUACUGUUAUAACGGCAAUCAUUGCUUAUCCGAACCGAUACACAAGGAUGAGUACCAGUCAGCUGAUUUACUUACUCUUUAGGCAGUGUGGUGUGUCAAAUGCCGAUUUAAUAUGCGAUUACAAUCGAAAUUUUACGAGUGUCGAUUCGGGCCUUGACGUAGCAACGGCCGACGCGGGAGUAUUUGAUGCUGUAUGGCUUUUGGUAAUAGCGCUAAUUCUCAAGUUCAUCCUGACGAUAUUCACCUUCGGUAUGAAAGUUCCUUGUGGUCUAUUCAUUCCAUCGCUGUGUUUCGGAGCAAUAAUUGGACGCAUUGUGGGCAUUGGCAUGGAACAACUCGCGCACAACUAUCCUCACAUUUGGAUGUUCAGCGAGGAAUGCUCUACUGGUGUGAACUGCAUCACGCCAGGAUUGUAUGCCAUGGUCGGAGCUGCUGCGGUUCUAGGAGGUGUGACAAGAAUGACCGUUUCGCUGGUUGUGGUCAUGUUUGAAUUGACUGGCGGUGUCAGGUACAUUGUUCCCCUGAUGGCAGCUGCCAUGGCAAGUAAGUGGGUCGGAGAUGCGCUUGGCAAACAGGGAAUCUACGACGCUCAUAUUGGACUCAAUGGUUAUCCAUUUUUAGACAGCAAAGAUGAAUUUCAACACACUACUUUAGCUGCUGAUGUCAUGCAACCCAAGCGCAACGAAGCAUUACACGUACUUACACAGGAUUCAAUGACAGUUGAAGAUGUGGAAACUUUGCUGAAAGAAACAGAACAUAAUGGAUUCCCAGUUAUUGUUUCUAAAGAGUCACAAUAUUUAGUCGGGUUUGUUUUAAGAAGAGAUCUGAACUUGGCUAUCGCAAAUGCAAAGCGAAUGAUGGAAGGUAUAACACGACAGUCUCUCAUUCUUUUUACGAGUGGAAGCAACAUUCAAUCUCAUGGUAUGCCACCGCCUUUGAAACUAAAAAAGAUUCUCGACAUGGCUCCCAUAACUAUUACGGAUCAAACUCCAAUGGAGGCUGUCGUGGAUAUGUUUAGAAAAUUGGGACUGCGACAAACACUUGUUACUCAUAAUGGCCGAUUACUAGGAGUUAUUACUAAAAAAGAUGUCUUAAGGCAUGUAAAGCAAUUGGAUAAUGAAGAUCCCAAUUCUGUAUUAUUUAAUUAAUUACAUCAUAUUUCAUUUUAAAUUCGAAAGGAACAUCAUUAAACAAUAGUAAAAUUAGUAAUAAUAAUAAUAAUAAUAAUA